AUGAUCUUCCUACGUUACUCAAAAACUGGAUGGCUAGGCUAUGACCAUGCUAUGUAUUAUGACAAUGAGGGUGUGCCAGUGUUUCAUGUUCAGCAAGGCGCAGCCACUCUACUCUGUAAAGUUGUUGCAAUCCUCUUCAAGCCGACGGGCCUGUUAGGAAGAGCCACAAGGGUUAUGGUGGCGGAGGUCUCUGGUGAUGGGCCUCGUGCACUUGAAGAUCCUGAUCAUGUCAUCAUCAAGGAUUGUUGGUUUACCACUGGUACACCUUCCAACAGCAACAUUCACGACAAGCUAGAAGAUCUUGCAAGGGAUCCAUUCUUUGUAGGCUACAAUCCAAACAACUCCACGCCUAUCUUUCAUUUUCCUGACAAUCAUACAUCUCAGCCUCUUGCAUCUUUUAACGACAUCAUAUUAGCUGGACACCCAGACGUGGAUGCCUUAUAUGAUAGGGCAAACACUGGUUGGGAUGACAUACACUUCUUGUCUGGAAUUCCAAUACGAGACCAUUGUCUUUCACCAUCCUUGACCCUUGUGCCAUCUAUUGCACAUCCUCAGACGCUUAUUCAGGACACGACCAAAGUCAUCAUGAGUGCUACUGGAGUUUCAGAGUUGGCAGAGUUGGCAGCCUUGGAGGACCAUACACAUCAUUGCAUGGCCAUGAAAACAGUUGGGGUAGAACUUGUGUGGUUUUCCUGUGUACGUGAAAUGCUGGAUGGGAUCAUUGGUGUUUUACUUGGCCUUCAGAAUGGUCACAUGAGACGUGGUUUCAUUCAUUGUGAUGUUAGCAAUGGCAAUUCAUGGCUUCGAGUCAAGGCUGCUUUGCCCCAUUUUGCUGUCCCAGAUUGGCCUGUUGACAUUAGUAAUAACUGGUAUCCACAGCGUCCUGGUGUCUUGGGAGAUUGGGCAAUGGCUGAAAACGUUCAAGAUGGAGACACAGUUAGGACCACAAGAUAUCUUACAGGGAUUUAUCCUUACCAAGCUAUAGGGAGGAUUUUACAGCCUGAAGUACCACACAAUUACAUCCAUAACUUAGAGUCUGUUUUCUGGAUGCUAUGGUUGAUCAUGAUUAACUGCAAAGGUCCCUACUGUCAGCAAAUUGACUGGGUUGAGAAAGAGAAGGAAACUGCUGCAGCAGAGGUUGACAAAGCACCUGCAUCAUUAAAGCACUCAGUAUCUCAGAAGCAGAAAGAGAAGGGAACUGCAUUCUCAAAGCGCUCAGCAUCUCAGAAGCAGAAAGGGAAGGGAACUGCAUUCUCAAAGUGCUCAGCAUCUUAG